AUGCGGCAAGCACUUCACCCGCGCGAAGAGGAAGCGCUGAGCCCACAUGGCUCGGGCACGAGGGUUUGCAAGCACCCCGAUGUUCUUCCCCCUGUCCGAGAUGAAAGUGCAGUCGGCGGAAACGUCUCCUACGAGCGGGUGGAGAACCCUGGCGAGCAACCCCUUGCAGAUGGUCCGCCAAACGGUUCCUUAGCUGAUUCUGUAACGCCCAAUGUCCCUGUCGCUGUCGCCGGGUCUCCCACUUGGCCAGAUCCCGCACCUCCGCUAUCCGUACAGAACCCUGCCGCUUACAGCGAUUCCUAUUUUCGCGACCCUGGGUUUAGUGUUGACUUCAACCAGCAGGUGCUCUAUAUGAAUUGGUGGUCGCCGAGCAUAGACGAUGUCGCAGACUGGCAGAUCCAGCAGGAAUUGGUAUCGACCAAUAUUUUCCCGUCUUUCGAUGCCUCAAUUCUUUGCACCGAGGUUAACAUGCCCAACUCCGCAACAACACAAACCGGUGGUAUUCCGCCAGCCCAAGAAAAUGAGUUGAUGGAGAUACCUUCAGCAGUGAUGCGAGAGACAGACAUGCAUGGGUCUCCACACACUGAACUGCAGAGCUCUAUGGCCCAAAGUGACAAAACUGGAUCUUCUUCUGGAAGCACAGUUGGACGAUACUACGUGGACGGGGUGGUGGCAAGAGCAGCGCUCCCAGGCCGUUUCCAUGCCCAACCGUCGAUCGCAAGCCCGAGCUCCGAAUCCAUUAACUCUGCGUCGAUGGCGUCCGCGAAUCCCCCGUCGGCCGCAUCAAUCAGCUUCGUGUCGCCCACUAGCUACCGUACGGUCCGUGAAAACCUGUUGUCAGAGACGCCGCCUCGAAGCAGGGAGAGUGUUCUGUCAUGGUUUCCGACUCUUCAUGAGCUGAGUUGGCAUGUCCAGACAUACUUUGAUAGGUUCCAUUCCACCAUGCCUUUCCUUCGAAAGGCGACCUUCCAGAGCGCUGAGCCACAUUGGCUCCUGACCCUGGCCGUGGCAACAGUAGGCGCACAAUAUACUGCUCCUGAAUCUACCAAACCCAUGCGCAACGUACUACAUGAAGCAUUACAACAACACUUGAAUGCUGCUCAUCGGCACAAUGACGUGACUCCUGGGCCUAGCGAUCUCCCCAGCCAUUCCGGCCGGAUUUCCUAUCUUGACCUGCAAGUACUCCAGGCUGCGAUCCUGAAUACGCUCUUAUUGCUCCAUUCUGGCGUCCAGGAGAAGAUAAAUAGCGCGCUACUUGAAAAGUCUCGACUGGUCGAGAUGUGUGACACCAAGAACUUGUUCAGACUUGCCUGUGAGCCUAAACGAUCAACGAGUAAUGUCGGGAGAGACAUUAGGGACUGGCUUGAGCGACAGGCUCUACUGCGGACUGGCAUGAUGAUAUGGCUCCUGGAUGCCAUCUUCUCGUACGAGGUCAACAGCCAGCCGCGAAUGGCCUUUCCCCCACCAGACACACCAUUGUCUUGCUCGGAGAGGACUUGGGAAAUGCCUUCAGAGGAGUCAAUUGCCUCGGAAACAUCCAAUUCUCUCUUGUUCUCCCAUGCUCUUGAAAUGCUCUACAUGGAAAAGAGACUGCCCAAGAAUCUGGGUGAUUUUGCGCAUGUCUUGCUCAUUCACGCGAUAUGCCGCAGGACCAAGGACGUCUUCAGCCAAGCCCAGUCCCGACUAUCGUUCUGGACACCGAGUGCAGCGGUUCAGACUCGUAUUCCGGCGCUAGCGACCGGGGACACGUGUCCACCUUCCAACGAGAUGUCCCUGAAAUGGCGGAAUAGCGCGUGCGACUGUCUCGACAUUCUGCACUGGCAAGCUAAUGGUCGGAUCGCCGAAUCUGCAGGCUGGGAGCACCCCACUGUUUUACAUCUGCACCUCGCUCGGCUACUGAUCCUGACCCCCACCGUGCACCUACAGACACUGGCCGCCAAUCCUAUGCUACUGGGUAAUCCUGACGUCGCGGAGACGCCGUUCAACGCGUCACGCAAGCAUCUCAUCAAUUGGGCAACACACGACCAGUACAAGGCACGGCUAGCGGUAAUACAUGCAGGUGCCCUUUGUUGGCAUAUCCGGCGCUACAGCGUCGACAACGUGCUGGAGCCAUUCGCCGUGUACAUGGCGACAUUGGUAAUCUGGGCGUACAGUGUUGUCCUGGUAUCGACAAAGAUCAGCAAUAAUCGACAAGGAAACAUCUCGAACCCCGACUCGAUGCCGGGCUCCCAACGUCUCAGUGGCAUGCCAAUGCAGACAGCAAGCUCGACAAACGAGACGGAGAUUGACCCCUCAAUGCUAUACGUCGACCGGCCAUGCGAUGACGAGAUGGUGCAGAACUUUGCCCGCAUGGGUCACAAAAUGACCGCUCGCAUGCGUGGAAUUCCCGACAUCUCUGCACCCGAGGCGCCCAAGAAAAUUCUCCAGGAGGGCAUCUGUCUCCUGAGAAGCGCGACGGGGAAUCCGGAAGCCAGGUGGAACAAGUUUUCACCAUCACGGCAGGAGCUCUCACCUGAGAUCUGGGGCGUGCAGAAGCAGUACCUGGAAUCAUUGAGCUGGUUGGAAAGCAAAAGCGAGUGA